UUUCCAUCCAGGACCUGAGUUCCUUUGCCAUGCCACUCCUGGACGGAGACCUGGAGAGCUCAGAAAAGCAUUCUUCUCGUAAGGUGGACAGCCCCUGCAGCUCGGGCAGCCCCUCCAAAGGGUUCUUCUCUAGAGGCCCCCAGCACCGGCCCUCCAGCCCCGUGUCUGCUCCCGUGAGGCCCAAGACCAGCCCUGGCUCUCCCAAAACCGUGUUCCCGUUCUCCUACCAGGAGUCCCCACCCCGCUCCCCACGCCGAAUGAGCUUCAGUGGGAUCUUUCGCUCUUCAUCCAAAGAAUCUUCCCCCAACUCCAACCCGUCUACCUCACCCGGGGGCAUCAGGUUCUUCUCCCGCUCCAGAAAAACCUUUGCUGAAGCAACGUACUGAGAAUGCACCUUGCUGAUUUUCCCUGCUGUAGAGGAUUUAGGGUCCUCGCCGGAUUGCCUGUGAUGCAACCUCGCGUAUCCAGCCAGCACUGAGAUGCAGGAACUACGCUCUGUAUCAUGAGGGCUUCUGACUCUCAUCCUUCCCGUCUCCUUCCUCGG